AUCCGGCCGGCACAUCGGCGAAGACGUCAAAAUUCCGCGCGUCGCGUCGCAGUACGAAUUCCGUCGUUGUGGUGUGAGCAUCGUGUUGUGCUUGUCCCAUCUUUUCUCUCUCCCUCUCGCCGGAUUUGCGUAUAAUUGAAAAAGCGACAUGGCGGUCUCGCUUACCACCGAGGACAAAUUGGAGUACCACUUCUACCCCGUGACAGCCGGGCAAAUCCAGUUCCGGAUAAAAGCGGCGAACGAUGCCCACAUCGCCCUUACCACCGGGCCCCAAGAGGGUGAUCCUAUGUACGAGGUCUUCAUCGGAGGAUGGAGCAACAGCAAGUCCGUCAUGCGCAAGAACAGAACCAAGCCGGAAGUGGCGGAGACGGAAACGCCCGACAUCCUCAGCGCGGACGAAUAUCGCGGCUUCUGGAUCAGGUGGGAUAACGGCGUUCUCACGGUGGGCAAGGAAGGCGACUCGGCUCCUUUCCUGAGUUACGCCGACCCGGAGCCGUUCGGGAUCGGUUACUUCGGCGUUUGCACCGGCUGGGGUGCCACCGGUGAAUGGCUCAUCGAAGGUCGCAAACCCUUGAACACUCCUGACAAGCUACAGUACAAGUUUCAUGCCGUGCGAAGCGGCUCGGUGCUGAUCGACGUGAAAGCUAUAAGCAACGGGCAGAUCGCGCUGACCGACCGGAAAGGCGAGUCGAGUCCCAUGUACGAGAUCAUGCUCGGCGGGUGGGAAAACAAGGCGUCAGUUAUUAGAUACGAUCGCAAACAGCCCGACAAGGUGCGCGCGGAGACGCCGAACCUUCUCAGCGACCGCGAGCACAAGAGGUUCUCGAUCACGUGGCUCGACGGUCUCAUCACGGUCAGAUCGGGUGGUCCGAACGGCGCCGUCCUCAUGGAAUGGCGAGACCCGAACCCCAUCGGCGUGAGCUACGUGGGGGUGCGCACCGCUUGGGGCGCGACCGGGAACUGGAAGCUCCGUUUCGAACAUUAUCCCGCAGUCGCUACCGCUCAAAAGAAACAUCCCAGCACGUCGCCGACCGCGCCGGUGGACGUCCACGGACUCGACGCGGGAAGCGUGUGCUGGUGCGACGCGUCCGGGGGAAUGGUACCACCCGAUGCGGUCGAGGGUGGAAACGACGGCGAGCCCCUGUUCGUCGGUAGGGCUCAGCACGAGGGUGCCCUCAUCCCCGGCAAGGUGAAGCCCGGUCACUCCGUCUGCUACAUCGCCUGGGGCGGCGCCGAGCAUGGGAAAACCGACUACCAGGUCCUUUGCGGUUGCAAACCCAUAUGGGUGCCGGUGAGCGGCGGCAAUAUUCCGGGGAACGCGAUUCCGGGAGGCGAGACCGAAGACGGCGAGCCGCUGUUCGUCGGCCGUGUACACCACGAGGGUACCGUGACCAUCGGCAAGGUGCAACCGUCGCACAGCGUAUGUUAUAUACCAUACGCCGGUGCCGAGAUUGCCUUUCCCGAGUACGAGAUCUUGGUCGGGCAAUAAUCGUACUGAGAUAUCCUGCGGUCUGCACGAAGGGAGUAAUCCGAUUGGGAUUCAUCGCCGACUUAUCGGCAGUUCUGCGGAGAAGACAGCGAAGCCUCGAACGUUUAUAGACAACAAUUUUAAAAUCGUAUUGUCUUAAAGAGAUAUCGUUGCGCAAAAAGAAAGGAAACUGAACGGAAUCUCUGAAAGUUCUCUAGAAAUCUUUUGACGAUUUAAAAAGUUAAAUUUAGUGUUUUGUGUCUCAUUUCUGUCAGAUUUCUAUCAACGAUUUGUUCGUUAAUUUAUUCAUCUUAUCUGAGCGAAAUAUGUUACAAAAUACGGAUAAGAAAUCUCAUGUGUGCAAACUAGUCUAAUUACAUAGUAAGUCGAUAAUAACACUGACGGGGGGUACUGUAGAACUGAUCGAUAAGCCGGAGAUGUACUGUUCGCUAUCGUCUACGCAAGCGUCUGCUUUUCGCACGGAAUAUAAUUGCAGUCACGCUAUAGGAAAAGGAAGCAAACGGCGAUAUAUGCGCUAUAUAGAUAUAUAUAUAUAAAUAUAUUUUUUUUAAAUUCGCGACGGAUUAAUCGUCCGGUUAAAGCAAUUGUUUCGUCGUCUCUCCAUCAGAACGACGGUUUAUAGAUACAUAUUUUUAUUCAUGGUAGAAGCUACCGUUUUCUAAUGCAUAAUAUACCACAAGCUUUUUGUCAAAGAGUAUAUAUUUUCGGAUUUAUGUAUUGUUAUGACGAAUAGAUUAAACGUACAUCCAUGAAAUAUGAAA